GAUGGGCCCAAAACAUUUAACCUUACAUGUCCGUGGUAACCAUAUGAGGGAGUCAUUUUGAUCGUGAUCGUGUUGGUGCUGCCGAGUAGGGUGUGACAACAUGUAUUUCUCUCUUCAACUCAAUUUUUAGGGUUUCAUUUCAUUCAAAUUUCUUUAUCAUCAGCCCCAGCAGAUUAGAUUAGAGUGUAUCACUAUGGAAAUAACAAACUCCAAUGCCUCCGAUGAUCCAAUUCCGCCGGAAAACCAACCCGACGCCGGCGCCAAAAUAGGACAAUCCGUCAACAAACUCAACGAAUUGUCCAUUUUCAUACAAGCUUUCAAAAACAGGUAUGACGAACUGCAAAAGCAUCUUGAUUUCAUCGACCAAGCCAUCUCCACAAGGACCACUGAACUCGAAGCCCUAGGCACCACCACCGCUAAUGCAGUCAUUGUUCAACCGGAAUCGAAAUCGGAAUCAAACACCGAUGACAAAGAAUCCGAACAACAACAACAACAACAACCGGAAGAAGAAGAGCCAGAAGAGGAAAAAGAGCCAGUAGAGGAAAAAGAGCCAGAAGAGGAAAAACCAAAAGAAGAGGAAAAACACGAAGAAAAAGAAGAGGGCGAUGAGUUUCUCUUGCUUUGCAAAACGAUGAAUAGCCGUGGUUUGCGUAGGUAUAUACUCACGCAUCUAUCUGAAACGGCGUUGCUCAAGGAACAAAUCCGCGCGGCUCUGAAAUUCGCGCAGAACCCGGCGAAAUUGGUGUUUGAAUGUAUUGGAAGAUUUUACCUCCAGGGAAGCAAAGCCUAUACCGUAAACUCGCCGAUGAUUACUGCAAGGCGAGCUUCGGUUUUGGUUUUGGAAUACUAUCUGAUAUCAUCUGGUUGUGUUGUAAGUGAAGCAGAAAUGGAUCGUUCACUGAAGCAAGAAGCUGAAGCUGCAGCUGUUGCAUGGAGGAAGAGACUCAUUGUUGAAGGUGGUGUGGGUGCUGCCAGUGAAAUGGAUGCAAAGGGUUUGAUUCUUUUCCUUGCGUGCUUUGGGAUUCCUGGUAUUUUUAGGAAUGAGGAUAUAGCUAACUUGGUUCGUUUGAGUAAACCUUGGGAAAUCGCGCAUGCUCUUCGCAAUUCUAAAAGCCUUUUUGGCAGAGUUUCAGGUAUUGCAGAGGGAAUGAUGAAAAAGGGCAAGGUUGUUGAAGCUAUUGAAUUGGCUUAUACCUUUGGGUUUGAAGAGAAAUUUUCUCCCCAGACAGCACUAACUUCAUUUCUACAAAAGUCUAAUGAAGCUUGGAAAAAAGCAAAAGAAGCACGCGAUGAUCCUAGUUUGCUGAAGAAAACAAAUGAAAAAUACUUGGCUGCUUUGAAAUCUGUAAUCAACUGUUUGGAAGGUUUCAAGGUUGACAUUGCAAAACUUCUUCCUGAGUGGAAACUUAAGGAUACAAUUCUCCAACUGGAGAAAGAUAUUGGUGAUGUCGCUAAAAAAGUUGAAGACAAUUCAGUGUCCAAGAGAAAAUUGGAUAAAAGCAGUACUUCAAAGAAAGUGAAAGGCCCAGACACCAAACGAACAAGGUUCGAUGUGAGAGAUCCUUUUGUGGCAUCGCCUUCAGUCACUACCUUGCAAGGGCAAAGGAUUGCUAGUCUUAUUGAUGGUAAUAGCUCAUAUGAUAAUUCAUUAACUGCACAUUAUCUGGAGGGUAGAUCCUAUGGCUACCCAAAUCCUUAUUCCAUUGCAGCAUCUGCACAAAUUGGAUCUGUUUCAGGGUCGUUGCCCGAAGGUUAUAUUGGAAGAGGAGUGUCAAUUGACAAUGUUGGGGCAACGCCGAAUAUCAACAGCUCUCUGUAUAGUAGAUUGCAUAGUAUAGAUGAAGGAGUAUUAUCUUACAAUAGGUCAGUCGAGCAGAGUUUUGCAGGACAACCUUCAUUGGCACGGGCAAAUCAUUUAUAUGGGAGAGUAUCUGCAGAAGGUUAUCCAGAUUUGCCGGAUCAUCACUCUAUUGGUGCCCCUAGUCGCGGUGGAGGCUCUGAUUUGUAUAGUUUUGCUGAUUCUGUAUUCGAUUUGUAGUCAUUCCAGUGCAGCAAUACUCCAGUGGCCUCUGUAUGGAAGCUAACUCCAUCCCAAACGAUAGUCAGCUUGAAUUUUUUGUUGAUUUUAGUUGGAAUAGACAUAGGAUUGACACAUGCAGAUGACUAACUUGGUCAGCAGUUUUCAGCUGUAUCAUUUUAAUUAAGUUGCUAUAGGAUUGAACUCAAAUAUAAAUCACUUAUGUUAAAAUAGAUACCUCGUUAAAUUUGCAUAUGAUGCGGAAGGAAUUAUAGCGUGGCAUUUUCUGACU